AUGUUCGCGUCUACGUCGAAACCGGUCUUCACCCUUUGUGCCUUCUUGUUACUCCUCUCCGUACAGGUUGUCCAGGCAGCAAACUCCUUUGCCGGAUCCAGCCUGUAUUAUGCGGCAGGGAUAUCCGAGGACGACAGAACUACCCUGCUCAAAGGGAUGCAAAGUGCCGGUCUGAAGGUGCUCCGCGUGUGGAUUGGCGGACAAUCCAGCAGCCAAAAGGGAACCGACAUCAACCCGUUCAACGACCUCGAGCCCGACACUCCUUGCAAUGGGGAUACCUCUUGCUAUGACGACACGGUCCUCGAACGUCUCGACGAUUUCAUGGUGGCGGCCAACUCCUACGGAGUCAAGCUCCUGAUCACCAUGCAUAGCUACAACGCCCUCGGGAGUAACGACGCCUACGGCAAGUGGUACGGCAUCGGCGACUUCUACUCGGACGACGAGGCGCAAUCCAUCUUCGACGCCCGUCUCAACCAUAUCCUGAACCAUGUGCAUACUUCGCUCAAUAAGCCCUGGAAGGAGUUGAGCGACUACAUCUUUGGAUUUGAGGCUGAGAACGAAGCCAUGAUUGGGGAUGGCCAAUCCUUCGUCGAGGCUCACCAGCAAUGGCAGUGCGACCGUGCCGGGACGAUCAAGGGUCAGCUCGGCGAUAACAGUGGGAUUCUUGUCAUGACCGGCGGAGAGUCGUGGCUGUCCGAGUCUGUCCAGCCUGGAUUCUUGAGCUGCGAUGCAUUGGAUGUUAUCUCGAUCCACGCCUACGGUACCGGAGAUCUCACCACGGACGCCCUGUCGCCGUAUGUUUCGCAAGCGCAGGACGCUGGCAAGAUGCUAAUUUUGGAAGAAUGGGGUGCAUGCUACUUCGACACUUCCAACAACGACUGCCCUCAGGGAGAUGCUCUGGAUUCGGACACGCGUAACAGCAACAUCGUCAACUGGGCCGCGCAGAUUGACGCCGCGGGGCUUCCUUGGCUGUACUGGCAGGUUCUCCCCAACGCUGACCCUCACGACGGAUACGACUACGAGAUCGGCCUUGUAGACGACCCGGCCUGGGGCGCUCUCCAGCAGGCCGCGAAAGCGGCCUCACAGGCCGCAGCCGCGUUCGACUUCUCUGCUUACCUGCUGCAGUGA